AUGUCGACGACUUCUCAGGACACGAAGGGUAGAGGCCAGUCAGAACCCAGUCCACGAGCUCCAAAACGAGCAAGGAGGGAUACAGAGACGUCAGACAAGGGGCCCAACGGACGUAAUCGACAUCGAAUUACACGAGCAUGCAAUGAGUGUAGGAGACGAAAAGACCGAUGCGGUGGCCAGCGCCCGUCGUGCAAGUCAUGCAUUGAUAACAACCGGACAUGCAGCUAUGGACCUUCAAAGAAACGGGGACUACGACCAGGUUACGUGAGAGGCAUCGAAACAUUGCUGGGCUUAAUCUUCAAGUCUAUCCAGGGGAGUGAAGAGUGGAUAUUGGGGCUUCUAGAGGGUGUCAUCCGGCAAUCGUCCUUCUGUCCUGCAACCGGUCUACAUGACGCCAAUAUCUCUGUCGAUCUCUUACUCGAAACAUGGCAUAAAUCCUCAGUAUCUAAAAAAAUGGGAAGUCUUCUCUCGACAGAGAGUGAAUUUGAAGAUGAAGGUGGCGACUCGAGUCAGAUUUUCGAUACAAAAGUGGUUGAGGGCCUUUCGCUCAUGGUGUCAACGAAGAAUGGGACAGGGGCUCCGAUGACGCCAAUGGACACGAUUACAGCGCAACCAGACCUACCAACCUUCAAUUAUUCUCCUCUACCUAUUCCAAAUGAUUCAUCUCCUCGACAAAGUGGAGGAGUGCCUUCUCACACCACCGUCAGCCGCCAACCAGAACCAACAGCACAGCCUCUAGAUUCCACACCAUCCGCUAUACCUGACCUUCCGAAGAACUGGUCAUAUUUUCUAGAUCUCUAUUUCGAGACAACACAUUGCUGGUUUCCUAUAUCGCAAAAGCACGAGCUACUGCGAGCUGCGUACAUGUUAUCUAACGAACCAACGGCGACGUCUGCUAGUUCACUGUCUGCAGGAGAAAUGGCGUUUCUUCAAGCCGUCCUAGCAUAUGCCUCACACCAGUCGACAACUCUAUCUAAUACCUCCAACGGCAAGUCUGAUGUUACAAGUAGUCUCAGAUCGCCACAGAAGCUACUCGAGACAAGUUUAUUCGCCAAUCCAACUACCUUUGAUCUCGGACACGUUCGAGCUCUGCUUGUCGUAUGCCUCUUUGAAAUGGAUCAGAAACACUGGUCUUUAGCAUGGACUACGAUCGGUCGGGCCAUAUACACAGCGAUAUCCCUCGGGCUUUUCGCACAAGGCACCAAAAUCGAUCCGUCAAGCCAAGAUGGGCUAAAACGGACAAUGAUGGGUUGCACAAUACUAGAGACCAUGGUCGCAGCACGUCUCGAUACUCUUCCUUACCUCACAUACUCUAAUUUCUUGCUUCAGAACGGCUUGUUGGCUGAUGGCAACGAGGAAUGGGAGCCAUGUAACCUCAAGAUCCUCGUUGAACCAGAAUCUCAGCAAGACCAACAGAACACGAACUCGCAUGUUCCGGGGCAUGUGAUAAGCACUUUUAACCGAUCCCUCCAACUUAUGCUAUCAUUGAAUGAUCUGAUACACCACAAAAAGAACCUUGAUCCGGCUGGGAGCUUUGGCAAGCUCAUAGGCUUAUGUAAAGAGAACUUCAGCACUAUGGUCAGUAUGAAAGCUACCAACUUGUCACCCCAAGCUCUUGGUCUUUGGAUAGCUUCAGUUACUAUAUUUGAGAUGGCAGCAACUGUCUCAAACCGUCCUAUCGUCGAACGCCCCAGCGGUUAUUGGGAGAAUGUCGCAUGGCUGGCUGGCAUCACAGAGAAACGCGCCCAGAGCAGAGGUCGCUGUGCUAUAUCACCUGUCAUCAAUGCUUGCAUGGAAUUAGUUGCGAGCUCUUUACAUCACCAGGGAGGGUAUUAUAGAGGUAGUCACUCUGGCGAUGACUUUCAUUGCGCUAAAGAAGCCGUUGCAAAAUGCCUGGAUACUCUACAAGAAUCGUUAAUAAAAGCGUCUCAAGUCGAUAUCUCUAACGAUUCAGAGGCUGUACCGGCGGGAAGCGACAGCCAUUCUCUCCUCCCGAUGCAUCUGGUAGUUGGUAAGGAACCAGUACCAUCCCGCUUCGAACUACCACCAACUCCAUCAACACUACUAUCAAGUAAGGUGGACACGUCUGUGCCGGGCAAUGCAAUGCAUUCACAACCACCAGGCGGAAUGUCAUUCCCAAUAGACCCAGUCUUGGGGCCAAACAUUGACGACGACGGCCUUUUUGACAGCCUCGCUACGUUGGAUUCAACGGAUUGGCUGGCAAACCCACCAGAGUUCAUGCAGCAUCUUGGAAUGCUUGACGAUGCGCCUAAUAAUCUCGAACACCUCUUCGAUAUGGGAUUUUAA